CUCAUGGAAAAGGCUCGCUCUCCUCGUUCGGCUGCGCUGGACACGCCAGAGGCUGUUCAAAACAGAAAGAGCUUCUCGGUCAGUCAUCUGCUGGACCUGGGAGAGGCAGCCGGCAUGAACGGUGGGACGGAGCCGGCGAGAGGGGCGAGAGAGGCCGGCAGGAGGAUGAAGGAUCAGGCCGGGCUCGGCGACAGCGGAGGAGGGGAGGCGGCUCGGCAGAACGUUGUGAGACGGAUUCUAAAUGCAGAUCUCCAGAAAGAGAGAAAGAAGCAGAGGAGGAACCGGACAACGUUUAACAGUUCACAACUACAGGCGCUGGAGAGAGUCUUUGAGAGGACACAUUAUCCAGAUGCAUUUGUCCGGGAGGAGCUGGCCAGAAGGGUUAAUCUGAGUGAGGCGAGAGUGCAGGUCUGGUUCCAGAAUCGAAGAGCAAAGUUUCGAAGGAAUGAACGAGCGUCCUUAGCCAGCAGGACAGUCUCGCUCCUCAAAUCCUAUGGCACAGAAGCAGCCAUCGAGCAGCCUGUAGCCCCCCGGCAGGCCUCCCUGAGCACUGAAUUCCUCUCGUGGUCGGCAAACCCAUCCUACAGCCCAGUGCCAUCGUAUAAUUCGAAUGGAUCAAGCAGCAGCAGUCCUGGAGUGUCAAUGGCAAACAGCAUUGCCAAUCUACGAUUGAAGGCCAAAGAAUUCAGCCUCCAGCGAAGCCACGUAACUCCCAUCAACUGAUCCCAGGCUGGCCUGGGACAAAGCCGAGUGCUCGGGACAUUCAGACACGGGACAACAUGCUCGGGAUACAUUCUAACCCAGGUCAGUGUGCUCAGGGCACGCUUUCAUCCAGGAUAACAUGCUUGGCCCAUUCUGACCUGGGACAACCUGCUUGGGCACACGGAUCCAGGCUGGCGUGCUCAGGAUGCUCUAACCCAGGACCACAUGCUUGGCACACUCUGACCCAGGAUAAGCUGCUUGGGAUCCCCUUACACUGGACAAUGUGUUCGGGACUUGGCAACCCAAGAUAACGUCAGGUUCUAAUUUAGGAUGACAAGCUCAAGACACACUGACCCAAGGUAAUGUGCUCAGGACGCACUCUGACCCAGGGCAAAAUGCUUGGGACAAUUUGACUCCAUAUGUUCAAGCCCCAGGACAAGCCUUGUACCUAGUGAUUCUGGUUACUCCUUCAUGGACUCCUACAGUUUGCUACGUCUCCUUGGACACAAGUGUUCUGUGGUGACCAGUGCGUCAUGAAGCGAUUGCAGAUAUCACUUUGAAUGUUUCUUGGUGUUGUUUAUUUGAGUCUUUGGGCUGUGUGUUGAUUGGUUGCUGAGCUCCCGUUCCAUAGCCUCUCUUUCCCAACCACCAAAAUGGAAUCCAAGGCAUUCCUACUUCAUUUUGUACCCCAAUAAAUGAGUUGUACUCUGACUGCCGUGGGGUGACAUUUACUCAGAGCUCAGUCACUAUCCAAAUGCAGCAAGUGAAACGGGUGCAAGUUCCACUUGGCAUGUUGUCUCACGGGGGCAGGGGUUCCUCGGGCACCAGUGGUCCUUGGGUACUUGUACCUGCAGGUCCGCUUGCUUCACGUGAGCCCAGACAUAAGGGCGGCUCAGUGGCUCAGCUGGUAGGGCUUCUGCCUCACAGCUCCAGGGAACAAACAUGGAACAUGAAACAGUACAGCACAGGAACAGGCCCUUCAGCCCACAAUGUCUGCCAACACGAUGCCAAAUUAAACUAAAUCUCUCCUGCCUGCACGUGAUCCAUAUCCCUCCAGUCCCUGCAUCUUCAUGUCUCUCUCUAAAAGCCUCUUAAGCACCACUAUUGUAUCUGCUUCCAUCACUACCCCUGACAGCCUGUUCCAGGCACCCGCCACUCUCUGUGGACUUGCCCUGCACACCUCCUUUAAACUUUCCUCCACUCACUUGAAAUGCAUGUCCUCCAGUAUUUGAAAUUUCUACCCUGGGAAAAAGAUUCUGACUUCCGGUGCUGUCUGUGUGGAGUUUGCACGUUCUCCCUUUAACUGUGUGAAUACUCUGGUUUCUUCCCAUGUCAGAAGGACCUGUGGAUUAGUAGGUACAUUGCCCCUAGGGGGUGAGUGAGCAGUAAAAUCCAGGGAGAGUUGAGGGCCAUGUGAUGAGAAUAAACUGUGAUUAAAGUAAGAUCAGUGUAAACAGGUGCUUGAUGGUCAGCAUGGAUUCGGUGGGCCGAAGGGCCUGUUUCCAAGCUGUAUGACUGAAUAACAUUGAGAAACAAGAGCGAGGAAGUACAUGUCAGAUAAUAACAGCCCUCUGUGAACAAACUUUUAUCCUGUCUAAUACUUUGGCCAAUUAUUUCCUAUCUGUCAUCUUUGGGUAUGGACUCAGUCACCAGAGAAAACAUCAUAAAGUUUAUUAAAAUUUCUGAUAAUUUUCUUUCUGAUCCUUAGCCACGUGAAAGGAAUGAACUUACAUCCCAGAACUCUCAAAAGGCCUCACAAUGACACAUAGGUCAUACCAGUCCAGCCUGGGUUUAAACCUUGACCCCACAGGUGAAAGAUCAAUGUCUGUGGCUGGGGUCAAAGUGUCAUCACAAAAUAGAAAUACUUUGCACGAUCAUAAAAAAAAUGUUUGGAACAAAGUGUGCAGCAAGGAUGAUACUUGUACAAAGCGUUAUUUUGCAAUGAAUUUAUGCAUGUAAUGUUUAAUUGUUUCACUAAAAACAAAUCUGUUGAAUAAAUAAUGUUUAAAUAUUA